AUGGAUCGUCAGACAACAAGAUCUUCCUCACCUUACAGCCAAAUGGAAGGCGAAUGGAUCCUCAUGAAAAGAAAUAAUCGAAAGUCGAAAGAAUUCAAGAAGGGAUCAUCGCAGCAUCAGCCAUCAUUCAAAGAUGACAACUUGAAGUCAACAGAAAUGCUGAUUGACUCGUCCAGUGCUGGUGAUGAUUCUACUAUGAGCUACAUAGCACGCAAACCAGAUGAUCGAUACGAAGAUGACCCAUUCGACAAGACUUUUGUUAUGCUGCUUUUGAAACACCUUGAACUCAAGGAUCUCGAUGAUAUGCGGCAAGAGGCCAUUGCCAUCAUUAAAGAAUGCGGAAAACGAAAGGAAAGCAACGAAGCGGGUUAUUCAUCUACAAUGAAUUCCAUGAAGAUGCGUCUGAUGGGACUGGUUGGAGAAAACCAUUGGAAGGGAGCAAAAGCUCUCCAACAUCUUACGAAGCUGCAACAGGAGAUCGGGUCAAAGGUGGGGUUGGACAACGAUCAUCUCGAUCGCUGCUUAAAUCUUUGUCAGAAAACAGAACAAAGGACCGCUAUCCAGGACCACUCAAACAAGUACGUGACAGAUUUUGAUCGCAAAUUUGAUCUAUUGAGGGAACAUUCUCCGAACAGUGGACAUGACGUCCCGAGGAAGUGUAACGACAAGGCUGUAAAAAGGGGGUGGGUGAUUAGGUGGUUCCGUCGCCAGUAUCACAAGAAACAAAACGGGGACAAAUCAGCCAAGAUUACCGAUGAACAAAUUGAACAACUGGAAAGUAUUGGUUUUCGUUGGGAAAAGCCAAAACAUCGGAAAUCAGCUUCCAUUGUUCAAGAAAGCAAAAGAGGGGGAGGAAGUAGCUAUAUCAAAAUGCCAGCUAUGAAAGGUCCCUAG